CCCCGCCCCUGCCCCCCGGCAGGCGGAAGAUGUCCAAAAUGGCGCUGCGCUGGGGCGUCGUGUCGGCUGGCUUAAUUGCCAGCGACUUUACCACCGUGCUGAGCUCACUGCCUCCCUCGGAGCACCAGGUGGUAGCGGUAUCUGCGAGGGACCUAAACCGGGCAGAGGAGUUUGCACAGAAAUACAACAUCCCCAAGGCCUACGGCUCCUAUGAGGAACUAGCCAAGGACCCAAACGUGGAGGUGGCCUACAUCGCCACCCAGCACCCCCAGCACAAGCCAGCUGUACUCCUCUGCCUGGCAGCAGGCAAGGCUGUCCUUUGCGAGAAACCCAUGGGCGUGAAUGCAGCAGAAGUUCGGGAGAUGGUUGCCAAAGCCCGUUCUCAGGGCACCUUCCUUAUGGAGGGCAUUUGGAGCCGGUUUUUUCCUGCCAUGGAGGCUCUGAGGGAAGUUUUGGUCAAAGGAACUAUCGGAGAUCUACGAGUGGCCCGGGCAGAAUUUGGGAUGGAUUUAAGAUCUGUACCCCGGGCCACAGACUGGAACCAGGCCGGCGGUGGUCUGUUGGACCUAGGCAUCUACUGUGUCCAGUUCCUCUCCAUGGUCUUUGGUGCACAGAAACCAGAGAAGAUUUCAGCUGUCGGGAGGAUCUAUGAAACAGGAGUGGACGACACUGUCAGCGUGCUACUUCAGUACCCAGGAGGGGUUCAUGGGAAUUUCACCUGCAGCAUCUCCUCCAACCUCCCCAACACAGCGUAUGUGAAUGGUACCAAGGGCAUGGCCCAGAUUCUCAAAACGUGGUGCCCAACAGAACUGGUGGUGAAUGGAGAGCGGAAGGAGUUCCCUGCGCCUGCCCUCGGGAAAGAGUACAAUUUUGUAAAUGGGUCAUGCUUGCUCUAUGAAGCCAACCACGUCCGUGAGUGCCUGCGCAAAGGUCUUAAGGAGAGUCCCGUAGUUCCUCUGGCAGAGAGUGAGCUCUUGGCUGAAAUCCUUGAGGAGGUGAGGAAGGCCAUUGGAGUCACCUUCCCCCAGGAUAAACGCUGAUGCAGCUCCUGCCAUAGACGGCAGGCAACCUUUCCUCCUACUUGGACCUCCCUAACCUGACCCUCUUUGCUUUGGAGGUUUUUGUUUAUAGUUUUUGUUUGUUUGGUUUUUGUUUUUUGCAUGACAGCCUGUGCUUUCACUUUGGAGAGCACUCCCUUUCUGGGUGUGGAAGGCCAGCUUUGAUGGGUCAGGGUCUGAAGAGGAGCUGUGAUACGUAGACACAGAGGAGUGGAUACAUAGACACAGAGGAGUGGAUACAUAGACACAGAGGAGUGGAUACAUAGACGCAGAGGAGUGGAUACAUAGACACAGGAAGCUGCUUCUUUUUGUUUGUUUGUUUUUUUGAGACAGGGUUUCUCUGUGUAGUCCUGGCUGUCCUGGAACUCACUCUGUAGAACACACACACACUUAAACAAGGCUCCAACAAUUUAUUUUUCCUCCAUAUUCCCCAGCAAACUCUUUCAAGAAGUAUACAAAUUACAAUGUGGUUACAUUCUAUCUUUAAGUGAAUGGAUAAAUGAAGUACAAUAAGUUUAAGUAAAAAAACAAGAACAACAAAGCCCAGCACCCCCAAUACCCUUAAGUGAAUAAACGAUUUAUGUAUUACAGGGGGAAAAUGGAUGACAUUAACAUGAAUCCACAUGCAUUCAUGGCUAAGUAAUUUGUUAUAGGCUAACAAAAUAGGCAAGGAAAGGUAUAUUUCUCAGCCAGUUCUUUGACUGGCAAGCUGCAGUU